GUGGCGUUCGUAUUAAGUGCUCUCGCUGCGCUCUGUACAACAGCUUCGCUCCGCUCGCGCUCCGUUGACGACAAACAGACAAACGCAGUAACGACUCGCCGGAUAUAAAAAAAAAAUCCGAACAAAAUUCGCUUUGAAAUACAGCGCAUUUGUCUCCCUGCGGAUUCCUCUCGGUGCGUUCAGUCGACGCGAACUGCCGAUCGGAAAAUUCAUUUGUUUCGGUGUAAUCUCUGGUGUUGUAUACAUAUAGUGUUUUGGUGCAUGUGGCUGCGGUUCGUAUAAGUUCGGCGUAUUCAGACCUGCGCACAUUAGGCGACACCGGAAGAUUACGACCAGCUUCCAGCACGCUAAAGCACCUCCCGCCUAACCGACCGCUCACGCCUAGCUUCAUCUUUGUCGCACUAACGCACGCACUCUCUCUUCGCCAUCUUAUCCUUCAAGAGGAAAAAAAGUAUCCGAACGAUCAUGGAAGAGGGACCUUCAAACGACGAAAUUACUUUGUACAUUACGAGGUUUCGUCGUAGUUGCCGCAAUCGCGAGUCGCAUGACACAAUCGCUGAAUUGGAGGCGGAAUUACGACGUGCCUACAUGGUGAAGGGUCUGCAGGCACAGCUUGAGGAAAGGCAAGCCCGCAGGUACGUCGAGCUCGUGCGAGAGCGCGAGAGCGCCGAAGAGGCCCGCCAGCAGCAAGAGAAGGUGUCGGAAGAAGACCUUCGGCGCCAGUCGGAGAUCCUGCGGAAAUCCGAGGAGUACAGACGGCAGUUAGACGAACAACUGACGCGGAAGGAGGACGAAAAGAAAGUGCUCUCGGAAGAGGCUCGCGAAUAUAGGAAGUUCCUGGAAGAAGCGGAUCGAGUGCAAGAGGAGCAGGAGUGCUCGAGGGCGUCAGAGAAGAAAUGCGAACUCGUGAAAAAGAUGAGACGAGAGAGACUGAUCCUCGAGGAGAUGAAGGAAGCCUGUCGGCAGCAGGAGCACGAAGCGGAAGAGAAGAAGCGACGAGAGGAUCUGGAGUACUUGGAGGAGGUAGAGGAGAGGUCGAAAGAGGUGAGCAGGUUACGGCGGGAGCAAAUAGAGAGGCGCGAGCGUGUCCUGCUGGAAACGACGAGGAUAAUGCUCGACGCUCAGGCUCGAAAACGAGAGAAGGAAGAGCGUCUGAUCGAUCUCGUGGCUGAGGAGAUCAGGUGCGAGCUCAUAAUCAAAGAGAUGGAGGAGGCGACGCGCAGGAAAAGGAUGCAGCAAGAACUGGCAGCUAGUUUACGGGAACAAAUAGUCUUCACGGAACAGUGCAAACUGCGAUUCGCGGAGGAGGAUAGAGCUUGGGCGGAGGAAGUCAUGAGGAAGAUUAUGGAAGAUGAGAAGAUGGCAAAGUGCACGGCAGAGGCGAAAAGACGGAUGAAAAUGCAGUAUCGAGAGGAUCUAGAGAGUUUGAUUACGCAUCGCCGCAAGAUUCGCGAAGAGGAGAUUGCUAGGAUUGAGGAAAUCGCAAAAGAGGAACAUAGGCUGAGAUUAGUUGAGGCGGAACGUGCAAAAGAGGAGAGAAGACAAUUGUUGACGAAACACGCGACCAAUAUCGCGAACUUUGUGAAUAGAGCUGUUCUCACGACUGAGGAGCAACGAAUUCUUGACGAUUUGAUGAAAAAAAAUCAAGAUAUUGGAAAUGUUGAUAACGACGAGUCGUCGACGAAGACAUAAAUAAUCGAAUAAGAUAAAAUCUCGAAACAAUUUCAUAUCUUUAUAAUAUAUUAGCAACCUGUAACUGUACUUUACAUCA